AUGAACACUUCCAUCGUAACCGGGCAUCAGGCCCGACUAAAUUCACGAAAUAACAAGUCGCACAAGGCAGGAACUUCAGGUCUUGCACCUGGAUAUUUACAGGCCAAUCUCAUCAUCCUACCGUCGCGAUAUGCGAAUGACUUCCGCAACCUUUGCGCUCGGAAUCCGGUCCCGUGUCCUCUGAUUGCCGAGUCAGCAACCAAGGGGUGUGACAAUGCGGUUAUUUCCCAUCUUGACAAGCUCCGUGGCGACGAGAUCCUCGGAGAAGGGUGUGAUAUAAGGCGAGACGCUCCCCAUUACAUGGUAUACAAGGACUCGAAGCUGGAAAAGAGCCAUUGCAAUGAUGUCGUGGCGGAAUGGACGGACGACCACGUCGCCUUUCUAAUCGGGUGCUCGUAUUCCUUUGAAACGGCACUGGCGGCGGUAGGACUCCCGCCGAGACAGCUCUUGCUGGGGAGAAAUGUGCCCAUGUACAGGACGACGUUGCGGCUGUGUCCUUCGGGGGUGUUUCAGGGCGGGACGUAUGUGGUGUCGAUGAGGCCGUAUAAGAGGCGGGAUGUCGAGAGGGUGAGGGAGAUCACGAGGAGGUUCGGGGCUACGCAUGGGGAGCCGUUGGAUUGGGGGUGGGAGGCGGUGGAGAGGCUUGGGAUUAGGGAUAUUGAUGGGCCGGAAUGGGGGGAUGCGCCGAUGGAUGCGGAGGGAGGGAAGGCAUUUGGGGAGAUGAAGGGGCAGAGAAGAUCUGGAGGUGAAGACGAUGGGGAGGAGGAGAUUCCGGUGUUUUGGGGAUGCGGAGUGACGCCUCAGGAGGCGGUGAUGAGGGCUGGGUUGGAGGGAGUGGUGAUGGCGCAUGCGCCGGGGCAUAUGCUGGUGUUGGAUGCGCGAGAUGAAGAUCUGGCGAGGUGA